AUGCCAUCCCCCACGAAAGCCGAUUAUACUCUUCUUCCCCUCCACGAAAGCCCUCCGCCCGCAUAUUCCGCCCUGCCGCAGAACCACACUACAACACAGGGGCCCGAGCCGACCACGCCGCAUUCGGGAACGGGUUCGCACAAUGCAUCCCGCGAACGCGCCACGUCCGAGGACUUGAGUGCACACGGAGAGCUCAGCUUCACAGAUGCCUGUGCUGACCUCCUGAGUGUCAUCCGGGAGCUCUGUGUGAGUCUCGCCAGCAUCUUCUCGGCCAUCGGCGGCAUCCUCAUAGCCCUCGGCGACCUUGUUCUGAGGCUCGGUAUGCUCCUCGGCCACUUGGUGAAGGUCGUCGUGUUCGUGGGCAUGACACUGGGAAGUGUGUACGUGAUCGCACGCGUCGCGUUGUCGCUAUACCACGAAUUCUCGAUUGUUGGUGGCCGGGCGAAUCGCGUCGUAUAA